AUGACGUCGCCCAAGAAGAAGAAGAAGAAGAAGAAGAAGCCCCGUCAGUCUUCGUCUGCCAAGCGCCCCAGAGUUGCGUCGGCGUCUUCUCCGAAGGCCCCCAAGCGCAAGCGGGUGACCGCGGCAGCCUCGGGAGGGGCCUCGAGGAAAGGGGAAGGUAGCUGCAAGGGUGAAGCGCCCCGGGGUGCUCGCCGAACACGAGCUCGUGGCGCUGCUCCUCACGUGCAUGGCGAAGGUGGCGAACUUCUCCAACUCCGUCGUCCCAGAGUGGAAGACCCCGGCGCUGCUCUAGGAGAUGAAGAGGCGGAGCUUGCGAGGCUUGCGCUUGCGUGGCUUGGACUUGGAGAGUCGGCGACUGCGCGCGAAAACCAGACGUCGGGCGUCACGAGGUCUCGCCCCGCGACCGGGGCAGUCUCGACUGACGCCGCGGAGGUGAGCAGCUCGAAGGCGAUCAACAGCACCUUCAAGGUUCGGCUCCACCCCACCAAGGAGCAGAAGUCCCUGUUGGAUCUGAUGUUCUCGGCCAACCGAGCGGCGUACAACCGGUUUGUCUUCCUCUCGCGCGAGGGCCUUGCCAAGUGCACAUCGAUGAAGGAGCUGCGCAAGAAAUACCUUCCCAUUUUCCAGAAGGGCACGAUGGAGACCAUCUGA